CCCUCUGCUACAUUUGUUACGUAACGGAAUGUAGGGUUUCCAGGCCACAGAUGCACGGUAUCAUUGUUAAUAGGGAUACAAUGGCAAAUAUUCAGAAAUUUAUGAGCUCUGCAAUCUUUCGGCUAUUUCUUAGAUUUCGUAAGCGACAGGUUUUCUCAGUGAUAUUGGUCUUUUCGAUGUUGGCAGUGAUAAUAUAUGUCAGUAUCAAAAGGAGAGAUUUCAGCAACAAAUAUAUUUCAAAAAGCAUUGUGAAACAAAAAUCAACAGCAGAAAAGAAAUGUGCGUCUAUGACAAACAAAAGUCAACCAAAUGUAGUCUUUCUCCUUGCUGACGACUUUGGAUGGAAUGACAUCGGCUACCAUUCAUCGACUAUUCGAACUCCGCAUCUUGACAGAUUGGCCAAUAUUGGAGUAAAGUUGGAAAAUUACUAUGUGCAACCAAUCUGCAGCCCCUCAAGAAGUCAGCUAAUGACCGGUAGAUACCAGAUACGUUAUGGAAUGCAGCAUAGUGUUCUUAGGAAUGACCGUCCACAUGGUCUUCCAUUAGAUGAAGUGACUCUUCCUCAGAUCCUGAGGGAAUAUGGGUAUUCUACACACAUUGUCGGAAAGUGGCACUUGGGGUUCUUCAAGAAGGAAUAUUUACCGUUACAUAGAGGGUUUGACACUUUUUAUGGCUUUCUUGGUGGUGGUGGGGACUAUUGGACACAUAAAGUACCUAACGAAAAGGCGGAGCCACCAGAAACAUACCGGGCGUUAGAUCUAUGGGAUCAGUCGAAAGCAGUCUUGGAUCAAAAUGGAUCCUACUCCACUCAUCUUUUUGUCAACAAAGCUGUAGAAAUUAUCUCUCGACACGAAAAGAACAAGGGCGCUUUCAAGGUCGCCAUGGAAGCGCCGUUGGAGCGCCAUCGCCGCGAGAGCACCGUCACCACGGCAAUGCCGAUGUUCCUCUACUUACCUUUUCAAGCUGUGCACGCUCCGUUAGAGGCACCUGAUGUGUACAUCAACCAGUACAAACAUAUCAAGAGCAGCAAUAUGAGAAUGUAUGCUGCAGUAGCUACAGUGAUGGACGAGGCUGUUGGGAAUUUAACCCACGCCCUUAAGGCCAAUGGGAAAAGUCACAAUGGAGCUAGCAAAGCUGGUAGUAAUUGGCCACUCAGAGGCUUUAAAAACACCCUGUGGGAAGGAGGUGUCCGAGGUGUCGGUUUUGUCAGCAGCCCGCUGCUAAAAUCUAAAGGAACGACGUCAGAUGCGCUGAUCCAUAUCUCCGAUUGGUUUCCUAGAAUUGUUAGAUUAGCCGGUGGUUCAACCGACGACAAAAAACCUUUGGAUGGAUUUGACGUUUGGGACACCAAAAGACCCCAUCCCGCAAAGAUGUUUGAAAUGUUUUUUAGAAAAAUUAAUGAGGUUAUUCUCAAAAAAGUCGAAAAUUAUUGUUUGUUUACGCACAUCAAAACCUGGCGCAAACGAUGCUGUCUAGCUAAUUAUAUAUUACAUUUCAGUGAAGGCAAAGCGUCCCCAAGAACAGAGAUACUCCAUAACAUCAACCCGUUGAUUCGUCAAGUGAAUUCCAAAAGUUUGAAGGUAGAAAAUCACAAUAUAUUUGACACCUCUACAAGAGCUGCUAUUAGAUCAGGGGACUGGAAGCUAAUUACGGGAAAGCCAGGUAUGUUGUUCAAUUACAUCACAAAAUUUAAAAGUUUUGUAGCCAAUUCAGCCACUGAUGCUUUUUGUCAUUUUCAGGAAAUUCUGGUACAGGAUUUAACUAACAAACUUUUUGAGAAAUCUACCGACACAAAAUUUAAGGAUCUUUGGCUGUUUAACAUCCGUAGAGACCCUCAGGAGCGAAGAGACCUCUCAGAAGAGUGUCCCGAGAUUGUACAGAAACUACUUGAAAGACUUUCAGAGUACAACAAGACUGCUGUUCCUCCCUACUGGCCUGAUCCUGACCAACGAUCAAAUCCUGCUUUACACGGAGACGUUAUUGGACCCUGGUUAUGACUGCCCUACCACACAAUGAUGCGAGUAAAGAAGGAUUUCGGAAAAUAGCUUAACCAUAUCCAAACUGAGCUUCUCGGGGCAUUUUCUAGCCUGGUGACUCAAUCGUUCUAUUAUCACAAAAUUUGCCCUUUUUUUAAGUUUU